UACACCGUAAUUGAAGCAAAAUGAUGGAAGAGAGUGGAAUAGAGACCACGCCACCCGGGACUCCUCCUCUCAAUCUUGCAGGAAUGGCGGCCGCCGUCAUGUCCUCAACCCCAGCUGCAACCAGUUCUUUUUCUUCUCCAAAUGUAUCCACGAUGGAGUCCUUGCCCCCACGUGCAUGUUCUACUCCGCAGCCCUCCCAUCCUCCUGUGCGGCCCUCAGCACCGCUGCCUUUCGUGCCUCUCUCACCGCCUCCUUCCGAAGUCCCACCACCUGGAACUGCGGUACCCCCUCCGCUACCUUCGGCAACUGCUGCCACCUUCAGUAAUCCUCCUUUAGCCCACUUCCCACCUCCAGCUUCUGCCCCAGGUGGUCUUUUAGCUGCACCUCCCCCGGGUCCUCCUAUAUCAGGAUUUUCUGUUGGUACAACCUACGACAUCACACGGGGACACGCAGGAAGAGCACCUCAGACGCCUCUGAUGCCAUCAUUUUCUGCACCUCCAGUGACAGGUGUUUUGCCAGCUCCUGUUACUCAGCAAGCCAGUCUCACAUCUCUGGCACAAGGAACGGGAACCACGUCAGCCAUUACCUUCCCAGAGGAGCAAGAAGAUCCUAGAAUUAAUAGAGGUCCUGAUGAAGCAUCUGCUGGUGGGAUCUGGGGUUUUAUUAAGGGGGUGGCUGGGAACCCUAUGGUGAAAUCUGUGCUUGAUAAGACAAAGCAUUCAGUAGAAAGCAUGAUCACAACGCUGGACCCCGGCAUGGCUCCUUAUAUCAAAUCUGGAGGUGAACUGGAUAUUGUAGUGACCUCAAAUAAGGAAGUAAAAGUGGCUGCUGUCCGAGAUGCCUUUCAGGAGGUCUUUGGCUUAGCUGUGGUUGUAGGGGAAGCUGGACAGUCCAAUAUUGCCCCACAACCAGUGGGCUAUGCAGCUGGAUUAAAAGGUGCCCAGGAGCGCAUAGAUAGCUUGCGUCGAACUGGAGUCAUCCAUGAGAAGCAGACUGCUGUGUCGGUAGAAAACUUCAUUGCGGAGCUCCUGCCUGACAAAUGGUUUGACAUUGGAUGUUUGGUAGUGGAAGAUCCUGUCCAUGGCAUUCAUCUAGAAACCUUUACCCAAGCUACACCAGUGCCUUUGGAAUUUGUACAGCAGGCUCAAAGUCUAACUCCCCAGGACUACAAUCUGCGGUGGUCAGGCCUUUUGGUAACAGUGGGCGAAGUCUUGGAAAAGAGUUUACUCAAUGUCAACCGGACUGACUGGCACGUGGCCUUUACUGGCAUGUCGCGCCGACAGAUGAUCUACAGUGCAGCCAAAGCCGUGGCGGGCAUGUACAAACAGCGCCUGCCCCCCAGGGCCAUGUGAGAGGAGACGCGAGGACCCUGAGACUUCUUCCUCUGAACUUGCUGUUGAAGAAAUUCUGUCUUCUCAAAUUGAGUAACUUCAAUGAAUCUAGCGGUUUUUGUAAUUUUCCUGUAGACUGCAAUAUUUUUUCCUAGACAGGCAUGGUAUCAUUCCAGUAGAAGAAAAACAUAGGUCUUUUUUAUGAUUAUAUAAUUACAUCUACCCUAGUUCUCAAAAAAGAAAAUAUACAAAUGUGUUUAUAAUAAAAUACAAUUUAAUAUGCCAAAUUUAUAAAAUGGAAAUUCAUGUACAAACACAUGUAAUUUAGUGAUCUGUACCUGAUUGUGUUUUUAAAGACCUGUUCAUUGACUUUUUAAAAAACCAUUCUUUUUGCUUUGUCUGUGUGCGUGUGGUCUCAGGUCUGAUGGUGAGCAGUAUGCUCAGCAGCUUACCUGAAGAUAUCUACUUACGGGGGCUGUCACACUUUGCUGUGCUGGUUUUAUAUACCAUGGGCACAGUCAGGGAAUUGAUCGUUUCUUUUUGAUCAUUAUGUAUACUUACAGUUCAGCAAAUGGUUCUUGUCCCCUUUUUAAAAAUAAUUUUUGGCAUUUUGCAGAUUUAUACUAUGAACAUUGGGGUAAUACAUUGUAUUUUUUUAUUGAUACGUAACAACUGAAGGACCAGUGAUCCAAGUGAGUUUUGGAUUAACAUACCCAUGUUGUUUUUGUAUAACACUACUCAGCAUUUCCGAGGACAAACUCUGACAGCAGCCGUCUGCGUACUUCUGCUUAUAUUUUCCACACUGUAAAUGACGAAGUUUUGAGAGGGAUUACUUUGUUUCUUAUGGGGUGGUAUGGCUCUUUUUUAAUUAAGGUUACUUACUUCAUUUGCCUUAAAUACUGCUUUUUUAACUUUGUGCCAUUCUGCCUUUAUUUUUUAUAGACAUUUUCAAAAAACAUUUAUAUUCAAUCUAAUUUUUUUUUAGUUUAUUAUGUUUG